AUGAACCAAAGGAACGACGCCGUUGACUCGGCCGAUGACUGUCGACACAAGUUCGUUGCCAGAUGUCUCUUCCGAAAACUCGCGCGAGAACAAAAACUCACAAGACGAUGGGCAUCUUUUGAGCAUAGCCCCUUUAAACUUUGGUGCGACGAUUUCCGACCAGGUAAUGUCCUUCUCAACAAGGAAUCGAAAAUUGCUGCAGUUGUGGACUGGAAGUUCACAUAUGCUGCCCCCGUUGAAUUCACCUACGUGCCACCUUGGUGGCUUCUUAUUGAAAAGCCCGAAUACUGGCCCACAGAUGGCGGUCUUGAAGACUGGUGUAGGGAGUAUGAGUGUCGACUUCAGACAUUCCUAAGGGCCCUGAUCAAUCGCGAGGAUAAAGCGAUCAAGAAGUCUCAACUAAAAGAAGACCAGAGACUGUCUGGUCCGAUGCAAGAGAGUUGGGAAAGUGGGGAUUUCUGGAUUGCGUACAUCGCGAGGAACAAUUUUGCAUUCGAUGCUACAUACUGGCAAAAGAUCGACAGUCGAUUUUUCGGACCAACUAGUGUUCUGAUCCCGCCGAUGCAUGGAAGGAAAGACUUGAGCACUUGA